AUGCCCUUUCAGGACGCAUCGUCCGAUGACCGCUCGGCCACCAAUAGGGCAUCAAGGACCGGCUGGGAGGGCGACAGACUCGAGAUCCGGGACCAAGAUGGGGCAGGCUGGGCACAUGAGAAAAUUUUCACCGGGAAAACAUGGAUAGCAGGUUUCAACACGGCCAUGGACGGAGAGGGUCGCCUCGAUUUCGCGAAUGCAACAUGGGCCACAGCGGAGACCCGAAGGACGUAUGAUGUUUAUUACGGGUUGGGAAGGUGGUGCCAGGAGGGUCGGGUCUGCAUGAUUCUGCUGUCUGGGAGGGAGUGGUGA